UUGCAGCUAUGGGAGUUCUUAAUGGACCGUGGUCGUGUUGUCGAUGUAUUGCAGAUUGCCUCAAGUUCUUAAAAGAAAUACCUUCUGCAACAACAAAUGAUGCAUCUGCCAAUCCUUUCCAACAUUCCAGCUCUGUCAUGAAUCUUUAUCUAGAGACAAGUUCUACUCUUUUGAAGGUCUUGGGAUGGCCAUGUUCGGUCUCGGUAAGAUCAUUGAUAUGCUCAUCAUGUUCAGUCUCGGUAAGAUCAUUGAUAUGCUCAUUCGACGUGAGGGGUGUCAUCAAGAAAUAUGACAGUCCCGAACAAAUUCUUGAAGAAUUCUUUCAUUUAAGACUUGAGUUCUAUGUAAAGAGAAAGGUGAGCUUUGAUCUAGGCCCCCCAUUUUUUCUUUUUGGUAAUUGAGAAGAUGGUAGUAUU